AUGGACUUAGACUACCGGAACUUGCUGGCACCGAAUGGGCCACACUUGAUUCCCCAGAGCGACUUUCGGCCACCCAGUCUCCCCCGGCCGCCCCCGGGCGUUAAUUUCAUGCAAAGAAGCCCGGAAUCAGGUGAGAUGGAGAAGACCCCGCCUGUCACGGGCAAGCGCCGCGGUGGCAGCCGAAAGGCCUGUAACGAGUGUAAGCAACAGAAGCUACGAUGUGAUAUUGUACAAACACCCGCCGCGGCGUGCUCCCGCUGCCGCAGGCUCGGGAUUGAUUGCAAAGUUGAACAAUCUUUUAAACGUAUCUCUAAACGAAGGCGCAAUGCGGAGAUGGAGAAGGAAAUUGCGGAUCUUCGUCGUCGUCUUGAGACCAACCCUGAGCAUGAACAGGCAGAUGAUCAUCAUUCGGGCGAUGAUAUGUCACAAGCCUCUGAUGAUGCUUUCCGCCGACGUGAAUCUUCUGCGAUAGAUCGCUCGCGCCCGGUAUCUGUCCCGGUGGAGACUCAUCCUUCUAUUUCAACCCCUCUCACGAUGCAACGUUCUGGCUCCAUUAUCUCCCAGGAUGAAAACACACCAUGGAGGCUCGAAGAUGUUGUACUCUCCCGAGCUCGCGUCGCACGACUCUUUGAGCAGUACUUUAAUUACUACCACCCAUUUCUCCCACUUCUGAAUCUGCCAAAACCCCCGGAGGUCUAUCUGGGCCGCUGUCCUUUAUUAGCAUGGACUAUUGUUUGUGUUGCUAGCCGACGAUCCCCAUCAGACCCUGGUUUACUGAGUGCACUCUCGGGGCCAUUCAGCCGUCUACUAUGGUCAACUAUCACCAAUGUUCCUCAGGACUAUCGAGUUGUGAAGGCGCUAUGUGUCCUAUGUACAUGGCCUCUUCCGACAACAAGCCAGCGCACCGAUGCAACUUUUAUGCUAAGUGGCCUAAUGAUGCAAAUUGCCAUGCAACUGGGCUUGCAUCGCCCAGUUCAGGCUGAAGAGUUCACAACAUUCCAAAUGGGGGUACAAGGUGAAGCACUCAAAGAUCGCUUACACACCUGGAUCAUUUGCAACAUAGUUGCUCAGAAUGUUGCGACUGGUUACGGCCAACCACCAAGUACGAUGUAUGACUGGGCUCUUGAGCCCGCCUCGUUGAAGGAUGCAGAUUAUCACCUACCGACUGAUCUUGCAAUUCGUCUUCGCAUCGAGAAGUUCUGUGAUCGGGUGACAAAGGCUUUGUAUAGCAGCAAGCCCGAACCCGGUGAAUUCAUCAGCGUUGAGAAGCUUGUGGUCGUUCAAAUCCUUGAGAGUGAACUGAGAGAGAUGGAGGUGGAGUUUGGACAAGAAAUCUCUGCGAUUAACAUGAUUCACCUCCGUGCUGCCGAGCUGCAUUUCCGAUACUUUGUUUUCCUGGGUUCGAAUGCACGGCCCGACGAUCUCACAAAGCUAUUUUUCGCAACCACUUCAUUCUUGGGUCGAGUAUUGGACCUUGAGACCGCGCCUGGCGAAUUGAUUGGCCAUUCCACGAAUUAUAUCCUUCAAAUGAUUGUUUCCGCUGCUUUUGCUUUAAUGAAGCUCCUGAAGAGCAACUUCAACAGGCAUAUUGACUUCAAUCAUGGAAAGUUGCUGUUCAACGGCGCCAUCUCGGCCAUUCGUCGAAUCAGCGUCAUGGACCAUGACCGGCCUAUCCGAUUAGCUGAUAUUCUCGCUCAAAUGUGGAAUGCGACUGGCGCAGAACCCACCACAGAAGACGAUCUUCAACUCAAGGUUCGCUGCCGGAUGAGUAUGAGCCACGUUUAUGAUACCGUAUGGCGCUGGCGACAGCGGUUCCGACCAGUAAAGAGUCUUGAAGAAAUGCAAGCGGCGGCAGCAGCAGCGAAUUUGGAUAUCACUACGACAAUGGGACCCAUGACCCGGCAACAGGAUAUCUCACUCGAGGAUCCCUCAUUGAUGUUACCAACCCAAUUUGAUGAGAGCGGGGCAUUUUUCAGCGAGGCUGGUUUCUCUGAAGUCUUCGACUCUCUCAACUGGGUCUUUGAGGGCAUUCCAGAUUCAUUUGUUGCUCCGCCAAUCUUAUGA